AUUAAGUUCAAUUAAGUUCAACUAACUUAACUAAAUGUAGUUGAAAGUGAUAAAACCAUUCAUAUCAAUUCAACUCUACUAAACUAUAUUAACCCAACACAAUAACAUAGUGUUAGAGCAACGUAAUUGUUUAGCAUAGAGAGAAACCAAUUUAAUCAUGUGGAAAUCCUUUCCAUGAUUUUUUAAAGUAAAGCCAACGAGUAAUUUUUAAAAAGUAUAAAAAUUAAAAAGUAUAGAAUGUGAUCAAUAGACGGCAAUAAAUAAUUCCUUGCAGCCACAACAACAUCGGUAAUUGAGCCUGUACAUUCCUGUGUGACAUCACAUUCUGACAUCACGGCCGAUGACAUCAUCACAUUCUGACAUCCCGGCCGAUGACAUCAUCACAUUCUGACAUCACGGCCGAUGACAUCAUCACAUUCUAACCCUUUCAUCUAUGAUAUGACAUUCAGUGACAUCAGUCUGGACAUCAAGAAAUAGGACUGAAUUCUAACCAAACAUUCUAACUGCCACUUGUAUCUGUCAGCCACCCAGGGACACAGCUUGUGAGAACAGAGGGACAGCUACUCAUACAAAGACACAAAUUCACAGAAACGUUGUUAUUCUAUCAUUAUCAAAUACUACCACUUUGUUACAAUGCAGGACCAGAAAAAAAUCCUUUUGGACAUCCAACAACGAGUUGAGUUGGCAUCAGAAAAUGCUGAUUUGAAGAAGCAGUUUGCCAUCAAGGAGCUUGGUUGGGAGCAGGAAAAAGCUAAAAUAAUGAAGGCUUUACAGGCAGAGAGAUGCAUCAAGAAACAAAUACAGGCCGACAAGAAGGCCCUGGAGAAGCGGAUGGAACAGGGGGUCAGCUCUCCUAGUGGACCUGCAAACAAGGGCUGCCUAGCCCCACCAGUGCUGGACCAGCAAACUCCCAGCAGAGAGCCUGAGGACUUGUUCAAAACCCUAUCGGACAUCGAAAAACAAGUCAGCGAGCAAAAAACCCUUUUGGACGUCCAACAGGAAGUUGAGCUGGCAUCAGAAAAUGCUGAUUUGAAGAAGCAGUUUGCCAUCAAGGAGCUUGGUUGGGAGCAGGAAAAAGCUAAAAUAAUGAAGGCUUUACAGGCAGAGAGAUGCAUCAAGAAACAAAUACAGGCCGACAAGAAGGCCCUGGAGAAGCGGAUGGAACAGGGGGUCAGCUCUCCUAGUGGACCUGCAAACAAGGGCUGCCUAGCCCCACCAGUGCUGGACCAGCAAACUCCCAGCAGAGAGCCUGAGGACUUGUUCAAAACCCUAUCGGACAUCGAAAAACAAGUCAGCGAGAUAAAAACCCUUGUGGACGUCCAACAAGAAGUUGAGCUGGCAUCAGAAAAUGCUGAUUUGAAGAAGCAGUUUGCCAUCAAGGAGCUCGGUUGGGAGCAGGAAAAAGCUAAAAUAAUGAAGGCUUUACAGACAGAGAGAUGCAUCAGGAAACAAAUACAGGCCGACAAGAAGGCCCUUGGGAAGCGGAUGGAACAGGGGGUCAGCUCUCCUAGUGGACCUGCAAACAAGGGCUGCCUAGCCCCACCAGUGCUGGACCAGCAAAGUCCCAGCAGAGAGCCUGAGGACUUGUUCAAAACCAUAUCGGACAUGGAAAAACAAGUCAGCAAGCUCUACUUGGAAAACGCUGUCUUGAAGGAGCAGAUGGUCACCAAGGAGGUCAGUUGGGAGCAGGAAAAGGCCAAAAUAGUGAAGGCUCUACAGUCAGAGAGAUCCAUCAGAACACAAGCAGAGGCUGACAGGAAAGCCCUUGAGAAACAGAAAGAGGAACUGACCAGCUUUCUUUGUCAAACUCUGCUUGAAGAGAAAAAUAAAUUCAACAGUGCCAUUGAGUCCUUGAUAGUGAUAGCACAGAAUGAGAAGUACAAAGAGAACUGGAUUAAAGAGAAUAAUAUCACAUUUUCCAUGAACAAAGUUGAUAUUGUUAACUUGGACUCCACGUGGGAAAAACGAUGGCUUGUAAGAGAGGAGGAGCAUUCUGCAAGGAUCAAAACUCUGCAAGACGACUUUGACAGAAAGAAAAGCCAGAUCACCCCGGAAAAGGACCAUCUAAUCACUAACGAAACCAGUGAAAAGAAAUCUCUCGAAGAACAGAACUGGAGCGAGGCCAAGCAGAAAUGGCAAGAAAGCGAGAUGAUCCUGGUGGAGGCCGAGUGGAAAUUAAAACUCACGGCUCUGGAAGAUCAAAUGAGACAUGAGUUUUCCGCAAAGGAGGCCAGGGAACUUGACUUGCAGAGACUCAGUAAGGAGGCCUCGGAGAAGGAGAUUACUGAUAUCAAAUGCACCUUGGAGAUGAAGGAGAAAGAAAUCGAGACCAUCCGCAGCGAGGCAGAGCGUAAAAUCAAAUCUGCGACUCUGGAUCAACAGAGGCAGACCCAUGCACUACAGGAGGAGCACUACCGGAGAGGGCAGGAGAGUGCCAGACUGAGCAGAGAAAUGGAAAAGGAGUUGCGUCUCAAAGUGAACCAAUUGGAGGCAAAUAUCUGGCACCUGACACAACAGAACGAUAACCUCCAUAAUUGGAACAUCCACCUUCAGGCGCUCUCCCAAAAAACUGACAAGGAAAAGGCGCAGAUGAGAAAGGAGGAGGAGAAGUUAGAGAAGGAGAGAGAAAAGAUGCUGAAGAAGCAAAUGAAGGAACGUCAGGAGGCAGAAAAUGACCUGCUGAAGAGGCAGAAUAAAGCGUGUGAAGAAAAGGAGAAAAGAGAAAAGGCGGAACUGAAGAAACAAAAGAAAGGAAGAUAGGGUUUCGUCACAGGGUUUUGGCCGGUUGUCCGGUUUUCCCAAACGCAAGUUUGAAAAAAAGGUGCAAACCCAACACGCACACAGACAGGGUUUCGUCCGGUUGUCCGGUUUUCCCAAACGCAAGUUUGAAAAAAAGGUGCAAACCCAACACGCACACAGACAGGGUUUCGUCCGGUUGUCCGGUUUUCCCAAACGCAAGUUUGAAAAAAAGGUGCACACCCAACACUUGUAUUUCUAUGUUUCUCAGGCUGCGCUAUGCCUGGUAGCCUAGGCCUGCCGGGGGUACCGACUCUGGCGUACCCCCCCAACCUCCCCGUCGAUCAUAACAUCCGCCGGUCGACCUUACCGCUGCUGCCCCCCAACCCCCCCCAUCGUCAACCGUCAGCGGCAACACCACCCCCUCUCCCCCCAUCGACCGCACCGAAAUAAACAAAUAAAACAAGAACCCAUUUUCCAGCGAUGGCUAGUGGUCUGGCGAACGGACAGGAGUAGUUGUCAGUCCGCUGGUGCUCUUUUCAGGCUUUGUGAGCAAAUUAUUGGGUUCUGAACUUCCGAUCAAGCAUCACUACUGUUACCUUCGGCCCUGCUGAUGCAGAGAAGUGAUAAAAAGUCAACUGGCUCGAGAUUAAAAAUAAUAAAGAUUUUAAUAACUAACAGAAGUUGCAAAGUGAAAUAUAGUAUGAAUAGUGUAAUUAUAUUUUGCGAAAUAGAGAAGUCUCGUACGACCAUCAAUAUUGGUUCACAGUGUCACGGUUUGGGUUCACGUAUUGUUUUAUUUUGUAGUUUCAUGCCUCUGGGGCUCCUGGGUUAACUUCACUUCCUGCCUUCUCCUGUCAUCCCCUGUAUCCUACCUGUGUCCACCUUGACCGUCCCAGUGUAUUUAAGCCAUGUGUGUCUUGUGUCCCUUGUCGCCUCAUUGUUGAAUGUGGCAUGUACUGAGUGUUGCUCUUGGUUCCCUUGGUAUCUUUUCCCUGGUCCCCGUCUGCGUUUUUUCCCCCUUGGCAUUUUUGGAUUUUGACUAUUAAGUCUUUUUUUUUUCUACAGUAAAAGUUCUUCUUAGACUGCAAUUAAGUGGGGCAAUUAAUUGGCGCACCAAAUGGGGCGGCGUCCCACUGAUCUAAUGGUCAGCCAUCACUGCCACUAAUUAGGAGCUUUCUUGGAGCUUGCACUCGCAUUGUGACCACUGCUUGAUUGAAAGACGUUGCUUCUAUAAUAUUAACAGUGAUAGAUAGUGAUAAUUGUUGCUAUUGCUAUUGUUGCUUUUUCACAAUUGGUAGAGUGCUGUCGUCAAGUCAAUUCAAGUAAAGUCAUUUCAUUUUGUA